AUGACAGAUUGGAGUUGCUUAUGCGUUAUUUUUACUUUUCAGCUGUUCACUGAUGGAAUCACCAAUAAACUAAUUGGCUGCUACGUGGGUGACAUAACAGACGAUGUGGUUCUAGUUAGGAUCUAUGGAAAUAAGACCGAGCUCUUAGUAGAUCGCGAUGAGGAAGUGAAGAGUUUCCGUGUGUUGCAGGCUCAUGGCUGUGCACCUCAACUAUACUGUACUUUCAAUAAUGGCCUGUGCUACGAGUUCAUGCAGGGAGAAGCGCUGGAUCCAGAGCAUGUAUGCAAUCCAGAUAUUUUCAGACUCAUUGCUAGACAGCUUGCUAAAAUCCAUACUAUUCAUGCACACAAUGGAUGGAUCCCUAAAUCUAAUCUGUGGCUGAAGAUGGGGAAAUACUUCUCUCUCAUACCCACAGAAUUUACAGAUGAGGAAGUAAAUAAAAGGUUUUUAAGUGACAUUCCAAGUUCUCAAGUUCUUCAGGAAGAGAUGGCCUGGAUGAAGGAAAGACUGUCAAAUUUAGGAUCACCAGUGGUACUCUGUCACAAUGACCUGUUGUGUAAGAAUAUUAUUUACAACAAGAAACGAGGUGAUGUGCAGUUCAUAGACUAUGAGUACUCUGGAUACAACUACCUGGCUUAUGACAUUGGAAAUCACUUCAAUGAAUUUGCAGGAGUAAAUGAGGUAGACUACAGCCUUUAUCCUAACAGAAAAUUACAGGAACAGUGGCUGAGAUCUUACCUUGAGGCCUACAAAGAAUAUAAAGGAUUUGGCACAGAAGUCAGUGAAAAAGAAGUUGAAGUUCUGUAUGUCCAAGUCAAUCAGUUUGCACUGGCUUCCCACUUCUUUUGGGGAUUGUGGGCUCUAAUUCAAGCCAAAUAUUCCACCAUUGACUUUGACUUUCUAGGGUAUGCAAUUGUUCGGUUUAACCAGUAUUUCAAAAUGAAGCUGGAGGUCAUGACAUUAACUCUUCCUGAGUAAUGAAGAGGAAGAACCUUACCAAGUGGAUAGACAACCUAUGAAUCUUUUCUGAGAACAGAUACUGGAAAAAAAUGUAAACAUUUGUUGAAGUUCCGUAAUGCUCACUUGGUGGUUCUUGCUUUAUAAAUAAUGCCUCUAAACAGUUCUUCAAUGUUAAAAUUAAUAUGAAGAGCAUACGUACUGCUGUUGAUAUAAAACGGAUUAGAAACUUGCUAAAUCUAUAAAAAGUUAUAGAAAUGGCAAUUUAAUCCUUCUUUGUAAUUUAACAUAUGUUGUAUGUGAAUUAUUUAUUAUAAGUUUAACAUGAUUCCAUUGCUGCUUUCAUCAGUUUUUGUGAAAGUUGGGUGCAGUCAGUGAAGUUGUUCCAAAGGAUUCGUUUAACAACUUAUUUUAUUGAAGUUGCAUUAACUUAUAUUAAAACAUGGUCAAUGAAUAUUAACCUUUUAGAUGUAUACAAGCAAAAUAUGAGUGAUAAUAGACUCAUGUCAUGAGAUCACCAGUGUGCUGUGACUAGGGAAAAAGGUUAGGGUGAUCUUUAUUUUUUUUUCCUCUUUUUUUAAGAAAGAAGGAGGUAGCUUUCCAUAUGAUGGUACUUUUCUUUUGGACAGGAAUCAACCAGCUUGCUGAAAUGAUAAAUAACGUUUUGAUUUUUCCUUCUUGAUGCUUUAAGCUGUAGAAAUGUUAAAGUUCUGCAGCCAUCAGAUUCCUUGAGGAUAUGUACCAUCAUAGUGUCUGAUGGAUGAUGUACCAUCUCUAACAUCUAUGGGAAAGCUGUUUGUUAACUAAGUGUACUUUUAAAGCAAAAGACCACUAUUCCAAAUCUAUAUUCCUUUUUGGAACUUGAUUCUGAAUUUGAACACUAUUCUGGUGUCCGUAUUUGAUGUGCUUCAGCAGUAUCUAUCGGAAUGGGCUAUUGAACUGAAGAUGAGUGAACAGAGAUCCUGUUGCACUGGCGAGCAACACACUUAGGUUUACAGUUUGUGUAUUGUUGACAUCUUUCUGCUUUGUCAUCUUCUAACCUUGGAUUCUAGUCUUAAAUGCUUGGUCCUGUAGUUGCAGAUUCUAGUAUGUCUUUUUUUUUUUCUGUGGCAGCAAAUUACUUUUCGAAGUCUCCAGUUUGAAGGAUAAUAUGGAAAAGUGUAUGACUUGAACAAUGGGGCUUUGAUCAUCACUCACAUUUUCUUAUUUCUUAAAGCUAUUAUACCAAGAAUGGUCUGGAUUACAAAAUGUGAAAUGAAAAGAAAAUGUUUACUUAAGAAAACAGUGUAUAAGUUUGAGUGGAAGAAAGGCUUUAAGUCUGAAAGGGGGGUGGGUGGGGUGGGAGGGGACAAAACCCACAACAGCAAAAUAAAUCCCAACAAUGCAGUGUGGAGUUGGGCAGGCAUGUACUCAACUCUGAUUAUACUCUGAAAAACUUUGCACUUUGGUCACAUAAGUGCCCACAUGUACAAAGUCUGUGUGUGUGCAUAUACACGUGCAAACACAAACUUACCUGAAGAGUAAAUAUUAUGGGGAGUCUGUUGUACAGACUCCAGCAAAGAUAUUUAUUCAAAAUUGCUUUAUGGCACACUGUGUGUGUAUGUGUGUGUAUGUGUAUAUACACACACGUAUAUAUACAUACGUGCUUUACAAAAGCUUGGAUUGAUUCAGGACAAAGAAAAUUGAUGUGAAUGAAAAACUUUCACCUUGAAAGACCAUUUUGAAUGGCAUUCUGUUAUUUUACAAAAGCAAGGUUUGGAAUUUUUUUCCUCGUAACUUGUUUAUAUUAAUCUUUGAAUGUUUCCAGUUUUUUUUAUUUCCUUCAGUCAAAACCUUAAAAAUACUGGGGUUUUUUUGGUUUUUGUUUGGUGUUUUUUUUUUUAAGAUUUAAGGGAGAACUGGGAUGUUUUUGUAACUUGAAAUUAGGGAACCAUUUUUGUUAGCAUUUGUUAGCUGGAGGCUACUAUACUGGACAAACUUUCUUGGUAGUUAAAUAGAAACAAAUAGCUAAAAUAGAUAUAUUUUCCUUUGUAGUCAUUAUCAAGGAUGUUGCUAGAGCUCAUGAAAGCACUGAAGACUUUAAUUUUCUGUACUUUCUCCCUGUUGACAUUAUUGAUCUAUGUUGAAUAAUACCCUGCUGUCUUGGUAGUCCCUUCAAGUUCAGCAAGAUCUGCUUGGAAGUAAGACUGAUAAAGAUUUUUUGAACUCUUAUUACUGUUUUCUUCAAGUGGUGGCUUUGUUUCUGGCAGUGUUGCUUUGUAUUUGUGAAAUAUUUGAAAAAGGCUGUGAAGUUCUCUUGGUUUUGGGAAAUCCAACACUUGACAGUCCCUGACUUUCCCAACAGUUGGCAAUCCACAUUCCCUUUUAGGUACCAGUACUAUUUGGUUUGGAGUUACUGUAAUUUUUUUCAGUGGAAUUUUUGUUUGUAUAGCUCAAGUAGCAAUAACUGUAGGAGUGGAAGCUUGCUUCUGCAGAACCAAAGCUCUUCAUGAGUGCAGCUCAAUCUCAUUUUUGUGGAGUGAAGUUCCACUGAAUCCCGUAAAAGCACUUUGAAGCAGAUAGUAAAUACUGCAAGCUUUUCCUGAGCCACUUCAAAGAAGCACAAGGAUUAUCACAGGUUACAGUGGUUGACUUUGCAGUACUGGUAGAGGCUUUCAUUUUGCAUGUUGAAAUUCAUUUUACACAUUUAUAUGCUGCUUUGCAUCAGCUUUCUUACAAGACAAGUGCAGGUUGAAACAGUUCCUGAUAAGUUCUGUGGAAAUACUAUAAAACACUUUCCAAAAUGAAACGCCAGUUACCUUGAGCCUUGUUCCACAUUUGUUUGAGCCAGUAGCACGCAGAUAUUCUCACUUGCUAAGGAAUAUCUACAGAUGUGUUAAGUUUGAAGCAGUAGCUUGCAAUAGCAUGGCAGGUUAUAAGGUCGCUUGAAACUGUGAAUACAGGACAUUCUGAAUGUAAGUUAGGUACUAGAGCACCAAACUAGAGAACAUGUACUCGUUUCAAUUAAUUUAUCUCUGUCUCUUUAAUAGCAAUGUUAAGAUAUUUGAAGGAGGACAAAAAAAAUGACUGAGCUCUAGAAACAUCCUUAAGUAGUUUUGACUGUGACUUGCCAAGAAGAUCUUCUGUUGCCUUUAUGUUACGCUAAGGGCAUGAAUGCCAAAAUUAAUAAUUCUUACUGUAGUUAAAUCUAUCUUGUAAAUAUGAAGAGGAUUAUUAGUAACGGCAUUCUUGCAUAAAUAGCAUCAAGUCAAUAGACCAUAGUGGCCUGGUUGCUUUUGUAAAGCAGAAUAGUGUGAAUUUUUUUCUUCUCAUUUCUGCAGUCAGAUCUGGCUAAUCCAUGCCCAAUUUCAUAAGUUACCUAAGCAUUAAAGAUUUCUGAAUGAUAACUAGUCUCUUCUUGUAUAAUUUUAGAUUCCUUCAUUUACACCUCUUGAUUUGCAUUUUAAAAGGACUUACUGAAUUUGCAUUAACCAGGUCUGACUGCGUAUGUAUAUACAACAGUGUAAAUAACCAUUUGUAAAUUAGUGUGAAUUGUACUGUAUCUUGCAUUUAUGGACUUGUGUAUUGCAUUGUAUUCUCUCCUAUUUUGUAGAAAUUUUGAUGUAAAGAAGAAAUCUAACUCUGUGUGCGGACUUCUUUUGUUAACUUGACGUGUAACAAACAUAAUAAUUUUAUGUUAAGGCAUCUGUUUAUAGCCUUGGGCAUCAGGUGUGGUUUUGUUUUGUUUUCCCCCAUUAGCUUUUUCAACAUCUUGCUCUUGGGAAUGAUUCUGGGAAUAAAGGAAUUUACACAUCACUAAAAUGAAGAGAAAGCCUAUUCUAAUCAUAGGGCAAACUACGUGACAGGUAUGUGUUGUACCUGUGGUAUGGGAAAGGCUGUUAAAAUUGUUUACUUAAACUUCCAAAGAUUUCCGAUACAUUCUUGAAUGCUGGUGACUUCUAAACAUAAGCAUGUGGAAUUGAAGUACUCUUAAAGUGUGCACUGCCAUGGUGACAGCAAUUGAGUUGGUUGUGGUAGAAGUCCCCCAACUUAAAUGCUUUUGGUGGAUAUAGCCUUAUAAUAGGAUUAGUUGCUGACUUGUAAAUGCCUAUAAUAAAUGCCCAAAUUGCUAAAAUAGUUCUGCCAGUCAUUUUCCUCAACACUAGAACUGUUGGUAGCCCCGUUAGACUACUUGAAACUUACCUGAGGUAUCCUCCGUGUGUGCCAUUCCCUCCACCUCCUCCCUGUGCCCACAACCCUACUUCAUUAGGGGAAACAAGAAUAUAAAAAGCUUACUUUCCAUACUUAAUCAUCACUAUUUCCUUUUUGACUGAAAUAGUUUAUUUUGUCAGUCUGUGACUACUUACUGGAAUUUUUUUUGUGUAGGAAGCCUGUGUCUGAAGAGGUCUUUUAUCUUGGAAGCAUAGACAACAUGAAGCAUAGUCUUACCCAAAUGCCCAACUCCCAUUUCUGUUGCCUCUCACUGUCUGUUUUGAACUCCAUAGCAUCCUUCAAGCUGUUAGUUUAUUCUUGUCACUGCUGUGUUUAAUAACUCUGCUGGAAAAUACAGGUGUGCAGAGCUCACUGGCCAUCUGACAAAUUGAUCUUGAUGCGGUUUGUACAUCCUGUCAGCUUUACCUGCUCCGGAUGGAAGGUAUGCGUGCUUAUCAGUGGUGACACUAAGUUACUAGGGUCCUGGGAAGUGAGUUUAUUAGAGAAGUAUUGGUUGAAAGGAGGGAUGGGGUCAGUAGAAGGAAAUCACAUGAAAACUCAAGCUUAAGCUUUUGAUGUAGCAAGGUAUUGGGUAUGUUUAUUUACUUGCAUGAUUUAAGGACAAGAGCAAAUUGUAAAGGGUAAAGUUUGUAUCCAAGUGAAGCUUAGAUUUUUUUUUUUAAAGCUUUUGCUAGCCAAUGGAAGCUUCCAAAAAUACUCUUUUUGUUACUCCUACUGAAAGAAAUCUUAAAACAAAUUUGAGUGACUUUCUGAUGAAACAAACCUUUGUUCUGUAACCCGGCAGAAUAUAGUUUCUUUCUGGGGUUGUCCUUACUGUAGUUUGCAGAGGAGGUUCACCACGUGUUAAUUGUCUGCGUUAGAGGUGGCUGUUCUUGAUUUGGUGUAAUAUUUUUGUGUUGCUUACUGUGUUCUUGGAUGCCUUCUGAGGUGUGCUAGAUUAUUAAACUACUGGAAUUAGAUGCUGUCUCCUCUCAUCUCUUCCAUGCCAGGCAGGCUGUAAUUACAGUGGUAGAACAGAAAGUGUUUGAUCAGACCUUGAGGUAAUGCAAGGCUGAUGUUGAGCAGUCUCGCAGCUGAUUCUUCCCCCCAUGUUUAAUCCCUGUGGGCUGCAAGCUCAGGGUUUUCAUUAGUUGUGAGAGAUACCAAAAGCCAUUACCUUUGGUCUUGUGCAAGGUAGGUGUUCUGUUAGCCAACCACAACAUUUUUAAGAAGGGGGCUCUCAGCAGUGAGAAACCACACAAAUCCAGGUGGGAUGUGUUGGAAGAAACCAAACUGGCUUAUAGGCCUCUGGAGUGGAAAGGAAAAUGCGCAGAACGUUUGCUGUGCCAGUUGUAUGGAGGUGCUCCAUCUGAGUGCUGUGGUAAGACACUGGAAAAAGCAUUCUUUGAUUUUUUUUUUAUUACUUUUUUAAAGUGACUUUUUCUGAUUAGUCUGUAGGGAUUAAGUUCCUGUGAUUAAGAAGCCUGCCAACCUGGGGGGAGAGGGAAGAAACAUUCCGAAAGGCUGUUAGAAAAAAAACCCAACCAACCCUAUGCAGUUGAUUAAUUUGCCGAACUUAAGUGUGUGUUGGGCUUUUCUGUGUAUUUAACAGUAUAAGUGGUGGUGGUCUACACCAGAUUCCUUAUUAAAGGGCUUUGUUAUUAUUGUGAAAUGUCAGAAAAUGGACUGGAAUGGCCCCAAAGCCCGUUAUGAUCUUGGAACAGGUGCCCAGACUUCACCAGAUUACCCGACUUCUGGUUCAAGACUUGACUUUAUCUGUUUCUGUAGCCACCUAAAAUUACUGAGUUGCUGUCUCGGGUUCCCUAUGGUGUGGAACUCUAAUUCAAGGACAUCCCAAAUACAUUUGAUUCGAUGCUUACAGAGAGAUGAUGCAGAGAAAAUCUUGGUGGAAAUUAAAAGUUGUGUGAACAUGUAGAAGGCAAACAAGUGAUUUGAAGGCUAACAAUCUUUGAAAAUAAAUGCUGAAAUAACUUCAGGUACUGCACCAGCCUGGUUUUGUGGUACUGCAACUUCAGGUUUUUUCUAUGUUUAGUGGUUUGUUUCUUUUUUUUUUUUUCCCCACAUAGAGCUCCAUGUAAAACACAACAUGAAAGAGACUAUGGAAGAGAAACACAAAAAAUGUUGUAUACAAUGCCAUAAAAUGCAGCGUGAACUGGAAAAAAGUACAUGUUUCUAAGCUUUUGGUAGUCGUAAUUAUUAAGUGUUAUCAAAAAAUGAUAGGUGUCAAGUCUUUGGUGUGUGAAAGAAUUUUUUUUUUGGUAGAAAUGUUCCUUUUAACAUUUAGUAUCUCAAAUGCGAUCUGUGGUAGUUAAUAAUGCUGCUUUGUACACAAGUGCUUUGAAUAGUCUCAGCACCGAGAAUGUAUCCAAUCUUUCUUAAUAUGACUUAAAGUUAGAUAAUUGGUUCCAUCUCAAGCCUCUUAAUCCAGCUAUCUAAAACCCUUUAAAUACUUGCAGAAACAGGGCCAUAGCAUCUUAAGGAUAUAUUCCAUUUUGUGGCAUUUUUUUGUUACUGCUUAUUUUUCAGUGUUCUUUUAAACAUGAGUCCAUUUAUGUCCUGUGAAUAAAAUAAGCCCAAUUUACAAAUAAGCUGUUGUCAUCUUCCAGCACUGUCGUCCCCCCAGAAGUCCCCAUCACCCUCCUUGUAUGUUGUGGAGUUUCGAUGCAUCAUUUAUCCAUUAGAGUGAAUUGUAUUUCUUUUGAACUAAAUGUUAUUGAAGCUAUUACAAGGCCUUCUACCACUGAUUAAAUGAAGUAAUGUACCUUUCAA